GUCUAGCUUCUUCUUAAUUAAUUACAUAUAUCACUCCAUAUUAACAUAUUCUCUUCACUCAACACACAUGUACCCAGGAUUCUAAAAUUCAGAAAUUCGUCUUAUAAAUUAAGAAAAUGACAGCCAAGAGGUUUGCUGAUCACAAACCGGACCACAGCCAAUAUCCGGAGAAUGAAAGACGUCGUCUGAGAGCUAGACCGUCUUUGGCUUCUGCAAUAGGGGAAGCAGUAAAGAUGAAUUUUGUUCAGAAUUUCUGUGCAGCUUUGGAGCCGAUGCUACGAAGAGUGGUAAAUGAGGAGGUCCAGAGAGAAUUAAGAAGAAUAACACAAUCUAACACUAUGUCAAAUUCGUUGCAUAUCAAUGCACUCGAACCCUCGACGCUGCAACUUAAAUUCAGAAAGAAUCUUAGUCUACCAAUUUAUACAGGCACUAAAAUACUCGAUGAAGAUGGAAACCCUCUUGAAAUAUAUCUAUUUGACGUACGUAAAAACCAAGAAUCGACGAUUUCUUGUGCUUUCAAGUUACAACUUGUUGUCAUAGAUGGGGAUUUUCCUUGUAUAGAAAGGAACACAUGGACGAAGGAUGAGUUUGAAAAGAAUAUUGUAAAGGAACGAAAUGGCAAAAGGCCAUUGCUUGCUGGGGAUGUUAUUGUUACCAUGAGAGAUGGUGUUGUUUCGGUAGGCGAUAUUGAAAUCACUGAUAACUCAAGCUGGAUACGAAGCAGAAAGUUCCGGAUUGCAGCCCGUGUUGUUCAAGGAGAAACUUCCGGAUAUGUAAUACAUGAGGCCGUGACUGAAGCCUUUACAGUUAAAGAUCAUCGUGGUGAAUUGUACAAGAAGCAUCACCCACCAAUGCUUGGAGAUGAUGUGUGGCGCUUAGAGAAGAUCGGAAAAGAUGGAGCAUUCCAUAAGAAGCUCGCUGCAAAUGAUAUCAAAACCGUACAAGAUUUCUUAAAGCAUUUGGUUGUCAAUGAAGCUAAACUUCGAAAGAUUUUAGGGCUUGGAAUGUCCGAUAAAAUGUGGGAAGUUACAAUAAAGCAUGCAAGGAAUUGUGUACUUGAUUGCAAGCUCUAUAUAUCACGCGGACAUGACCAUACCAUCUUCUUGAACCAAAUUUGUCAAGUGGUCAAAGCUGUAAUCAAUGGAGAAACAUUCAUUGGCAAAGAGCUUUUAAGCCUAAACAAGGUUAUGCUCCAAAAAUUUGUUCACGAGGCUUAUCUAAAUUGGAACUCUUUAGAAGUAAUUGAUGGUACUUUGAUUGACACUGAUCCUCUUCUAACGCAAGGUGUUAAUUAUGGUGGAUCGUCACCAAUACCCCAGUAAAAACGGGUCGACCACAAAGAUGCAUCACGACAAGGUUUUCAGAUAGAUCAUAAGAGCAAGCUGGUAGCAUUCAUGCCAUUUGAGGCUUACAACUUCACGAAGAGCUAAUCGAUCUGAAGGGAAAAUGUACUAAAGAAACUUAAUUACAACCUCAACAACAGAUGAUGCAUUCAGUUUCAAGAAACAUACAAUUGCUUAAACUUAAUAUAUAUUUGUAUAUAGUUAUAUACUAAUAUAGCCGCCUCAUUAAGAGUCAA